CACCGCCUCCUUACUUCCCUUCCCAUUUGCCUUCCAAACUUAGUGUCUUCCUUCCAAAAUUAGCCUCACUCUGAGAGCAACGGGGUUGCAUCGCUCUGUCCCGGUUGCUGCUGUUACAAACGUGGAGUUUUAACUAUUUCAUUUGUCUCCGUCUUUCAUUUCCUAACUCGGCUCCUUUUGGAUAACAAGUUUCUGAUCUGGCUGCAAGUGUAUCUCUCAGUGCUGGAAGUAACGCAGUUCAACCAGGGCUAGAGGAUCUUCGCUGCCUUUUCUCCUGCAGUAGGUGACUCUGCAAGAAGUAGCUGAAAGAGAAGAGAUUGAACAUCAUGAACAAUAAUGACCUGCACUCUCCAAUCCCUUUGGGUGCUGAGGAGGAAUAUAAUAGAAUACACAAUGCAACUGAGCUCCCAGACUAUACUGAUUUUGGUGACGAAACACGGCCAUAUGAUGUAACGAUUAUUAUUAUCCUUGUCUGCCUUUUCCUCCUUAGCAUCCUUGGACUUUUAGGGAAUGGAACUGUCAUCUGGUUUCUCGGAUUUUGCAUGAAAAGGACUGUUUUCUCAACCUAUAUCCUGAAUUUGGCUGUUGCUGACUUUGGGGUCCUCCUAGGCUUAUUUCCUUGGAGGAUAAUUGCCUUCCUUGAUAAUUUUCAUCCGCAUCUUGUCAAUGUCCAUGUUUACUAUUUAGCGAUCAUAAGUGCCUAUUGCUUUUUCUCCACAAACCUCAUCUGCCAAUUUCUGCUGACAGCCAUCAGCCUCGACAGCUGUGUUUCUUUCGUCUUCCCCAUUUGGCAUCGAUGCCGCCGGCCACCCAACCUGUCCAUCAUUGUGUGUGCCAUCAUAUGGAGCCUCACUUUCCUUCUCACUCUCGUGCACAUCCUUAAUGACAUUGUAUUCUUUAGAGAAGCUUUUGCUUGGUACCAGUUGCUGGUGAGUGCUGUGUUUUGCCUCCCGCUCAUGACUGUCUCCACUCUGGUCCUCUUCAUCAAAGUUUGCUUGAGAUCACAGCAGAGGAAGCAGGGAAGUGUUUUAAUAGCCAUCCUGAUGGUGCUCCUCUUCUCCCUCUUGUUUGCUUUUCCAUUUACUUUCCUUUAUUUAAUAUUUUCUUUUUCCCAUCUUACCUUUCGUAAUGCACUACACAUUGGAUCUUUAUGCUGCUGCCUAAACAGCAGCAUUAAGCCACUGAUUUAUUUCCUGGUUGGGAGGAGAAAGAGGGGUCAAUCCAGGGAGAGCCUGAAAGUCAUACUCCAGAAGCUUUUCAAAGAGGAGGAAGACUGCAGAGAGGAGGUAGAAGUCCCAAUCCAAACCGCGGUGUGAGACGUUCAAAAUACAGUAAUCAGAGAGCUCCACAAUGACACCUCUUGCUAUGACAAUCUAUGUUCCAUUUAGCCCUCUUUUUUGUAAACCUGCUGCUUUUCACUCUUGAUUGUACUGUAUAUGCCUGGGGAGGAGCGGAGAUGAACCCUCAUCUCAUUUCUUCAACUGCGGGUAUGUGAUGCUUUUAGCACUUUGUGCUUGUUUCACUUUCUUAUUGCUCUUUGCUUAUUUUAAAGUGAUUUCCUGUGGCUACUUUUUGAUGUCAUUUCAGGGGUAGGGUAAAAUUCUCCUAGACCAGGCAUCCCCAAACUGCAGCCCUCCAGAUGUUUUGGCCUCCAACUCCCAAGAUCCCUAGCUAAGAGGACCAGUGGUCAGGGAUGAUGGGAAUUGUAGUCCAAAACAUCUGGAGGGCCAAAGUUUGGGGAUGCCUGUCCUAGACUGAAGGACUGCAGUGGUCAGGCCAUCCCCGUCCAGGAAUUUCCAUACCUGGCAAAAGGCUCUCAGAGUCACAGUAGACACCUGAGCAUCUAGUGAAAAAGAUGUAUUUAGAAGUACCCCCAAACUUCACACUCGCUCCUUCAAAGGGAGUGCAACCCCACUCAGGGAACUUGCCAACUUACAAAACAUGGAUGACACCCCACACCCCACCCGCAAUGAGCCCCCAUCUUCCUAGAAUUCUUUUUUUUUAAAAAAAUUCAUUUUGCAACAUCACAUAGUGAACACAAUACACAAAUAAACACAACACAAUACAAUACACAGCAUUGCGAAUAUACAAAACAAAAAAUAAAAAUAAAAAUCUCUUAAAAAUUCUUUUUUCUUCUUAACCAUUUUCUGGUGACUUCCUCGAAUCCCUCCCAUCUGUGCUUCGAUUUAAUUCCAUCUUUACUUUAGCAACUUCUGUGUUAAAGCUCUAUACUAUAUUAUUAUCUUACUUUCCAUAAUUUCUAUAUUUUCUCUCUUAAAAUCACCAAUCACAGAAGACACCUGAGCAUCUAGUGACAAAGAUGUAUUUAGAAGUACCCACAAACUUCACCCUCGCUCCUUCAAAGGGAGUGCAACCCCAUUCAAGGAACUUGCCAACUUACAAAACAUGAGGGCACCCCCCCACACACACCCGCAAUGAGCUCCCAUCUUCCUAGAAUUCGUUUUUGAACAUCAAAUAUACACAAAUAAACACAACACAAUACAUUACACAGCAUUGUGAACAUACAAAACAAAAAACAAAAACAAAAAUCUCUUUAAAAUUCUUUUUUUUCUUCUUAACCAUUUUAAGAUGACUUCCUCGAAUCCCUCCCAUCCGUGCUUCAAUUUAAUUCCAUCUUUAGCAACUUCUAUGUUAAAGCUCUAUACUAUAUUAUUAUCUUACUUUCCAUAAUUUUCUCUCUUAAAAUCACCAAUCAAGUUAUCUUUCCCUUAUAUCAUAAUUUCUGAAACUACAACCUAUACUACUUCCAAAUGUAUCUCAAAUACUGCAAUAUUUCUUUAAAUAGUCUUUAAAUUUCUUCCAGUCUUCCUCCACCGCCUCUUCCCUCUGGUCAUUCUCCCGGUCAGUUCAGCCAGUUCCAUAUAUUCCAUCAUUUUCAUCUGCCAAUCUUCAACUGUUGGUACUUCAUGUGUAUUCCAAUUCUUGGCUAUCAAAAUUCUCGCUGCUGUUGUGGCAUACAAAAAGAAAGUUACUGUACAUCUUUCUUGGGAAUUUUGUUUCCUACUAUAUCCGACUAUUGGGUAUCAUCUUCCUAGAAUUCAAAAACAGUUGAUCACCCCUCAUCCAGACCACUACUGCAUCCAGACAUAAAUUCAAAGCUUUCACAGCCUCUCCUGAUUCCUAUGUUAUGGAAAGGGAAAGCUGCGUGUCAACAUCAUUGCACUGCUGAUACCUUGCUCCAAAACUCCCAAUGUCCGCAUCCAAUGGCUUCAUAUAGAUAUUAAAUAGAUAUGAAUGUUAAUUGGAGUUCAAAUGAUAAUACUGUAAGAACAAUAUAUCAUGUAAAAAGCUUAACAUAUAUUCGAUCUGCUUCAGCAUUUUAACUUUUCAUGUUUUAAAGUAUCGUUGUGAUUUUUCUGUUUAUUCAUCUGUAAGCUGCUUUGGGGUGUUUUUUCUUUUUUUACAAUCAAGCAGUGUAUAAAUUUUAUGAAAUAAAUGAAAAGAAAUAAAUGUGACAUUGAUGUGGUGCUUGCCCAUGCCUUGUGAUUAUGUUUGUAUAGGGGGAUAGAAAUGGUUAAUGCAGAAUGACCAAUUAGAAAGCUCAGAGGCAGAGCCUACCUGGUUUUGAGGCUCAGCCCAGGGGUUUACCAUAGAGAGAUAGAGGAGAGAGGGUCAGAGAGAGGCAGAAAAAGUCAAACAUGGUGGUUGUGACAGUUAGAGUGAGAGACAGGGGGUUACCAUGGAAUUGCCUGCUAUUGAUGGUGGGGAGGAGAAGGAUGAUCUGGUGGAUCUGCUCCUUUCCACGAGUGACAGAAAAUGACUCUGAAUGCUUGCCCCCUCCACCUAGUUUGCAUAACCUACUGCCCUUGGUGAUCAUG